AGGCACGACACAAACCAGACCCCAACAAAUUGCAGAAACUCCACUGCAACUCCCAAACAUUGGUCCGCCAUGUCCUCCUGCAUCUCCUCCUCCUAUCACCACUGCGCCCGCCGCCUCCCCGCCCCGACGGCCCGGGUGCACCUCGCCGCAGCUAACUCGUGCGUGUCCCCUUACCACAGACGCGUCGGUUCCCUGAGGGCAAUGAGAGCCAAGGCGCCGUCGAGCGCGGCGCCGGUGUGGGAUAGGAAGGCCGCGGCGGUGCAGGCGGAGAUGGUAGAGGAGGCGGCCAUGUCGUGUGCCAUGCACGGACUCGUCGUCGACGACCGCGGCAACCCGGAAGUUUGGAUUGUUUGGCCAGUAGGACUUGCCUUUGAUAUGGAACUGACGUGUCAAGUGCGUACAAAUACCAGGGGCGGAGCCAAGAAUUAGGCAGGGAAAUCUGGAAGGCAAAAAAACAACUAAGGAUCACCAUGAUGUUAAGUGUUUCUGCCUGAAGAUCCUUUGUAUGAAAAAGUGGAGUAUAAACUAAAUUGCAGUAGUUGAUUUAAUUGGAUGUUAGGUGUUGCUACCGAAGACCCUCUGUGUGAUAUAUUGGAAUAUAAAGCGUGAAAAUUUGUGUUGGAGUCAACUGAUUGUCAUGAACAGAACAUUGCGUUUGGUUGUGUCCUCUCACAUUCAACUUUAAAAUAAUUUGGUUGAGCAUAUAGAAUCAAAUAGGAAACCAAUAGAUCUCUCGACUCUUUUUUCAAUGCAUUUGCUACAAUUUUAAAUCCAUUUGGUUGUAAUAAGGUAUGAGAUUUUUAUUUGUUGUGAUGGAAUACUAUGUGAUUUAUUUGUUUGUAAACUAUGUGCAAUGUUUUGUCUUUUUUUGGUUGUGUAUAUGCAUAGAAUGUUUAAAUUAAGAAAAAAUGGCCAACAAAUCGGUUAGGCCGAACAAAUGGUUGACCGAUUAGGCUCUUUGGCAAGAUUCACGUGACGAGGUCCAAAUUAACAAAAGAAUAAAAUUUGUGUGCAUUUAUGUCGGCUCGUUGGAGAUAAAGGUA